AUGGGUCCGUAUUCUAAGGAAGAUAUGCAGUGUGAGAAAUUUUUCUUCGACACGGUAGCACGCAAGGACGACGGCAGAUUAAUAGUUCGUUUGCCGGUUCGUUCACAUAUUAAGCUGGGAGAUUCUAUGCCUCAAGCCAUCAAAAGGUUAUCUUCAUUAGAACGUCGUUUUGAAAGAGAUCCCGAACUAAAAAAGGCCUACAUCGAAUUCAUGGAGGAAUACUUGCAACAAGGUUACAUGUCCUUAAUAGAGAAUAAAAACACGGUAUUAACGCAAGAGAAUUACAUUAUCCCGCAUCUACCAGUCUUACGACCGGAGAGUAUGACAACAAAGUUGCGAGUUGUCUUUGACGCUUCUUCAAGAACAACAAAUGGUUUAUCCUUAAAUGAUAAAUUGAUGACUGGACCAAAUCUGCAAGCGGAUUUACAAGAGAUACUAAUCAGAUUUAGGACGCACACGUUUGUGCUUACGGCAGAUGUGGUAUCAAUGUUCAGGCAAGUUCGGGUGGAUAAGCAAGAUCGGAACUUACAACUGAUUCUUUGGCGGCAUGACAUCACACAAGCACGUCAACUUUACAGGCUGAAUACCCUAACAUAUGGAACGGCUUGUGCCCCGUAUUUGGCAAUGCGGUGCCUUAGAGAAUUGGCAGCGAUCUACAAGCAAGAAUUUCCUUUAGCAGCAAAAGCGGUGGAGCAAGACUUUUAUAUGGACGAUGUUUUAACUGGAGCAUCGACACUAAAAGACGCGAUAAUAUUGCAAGAGCAGCUAACAAAGAUGCUGUUACAUGGAAAGAUGCCUCUGCGAAAAUGGAGAGCAAAUCAUCAAGAAAUUUUGAGUCAUUUAGCAAGAGAUAGUGGAAUGGACAAUUUGCUUGUUAUAGACAAGAAUCAGCCUAUUAAGACAUUUGGUCUUCUGUGGAAUGCCACCACAGAUACGCUGCAAUAUCAGGUCAAAUUAGAAGAAACUACAGAAGCCACCAAGCGAAGUGUAUUAUCGAGGAUCUCUCAGAUGUUUGAUCCUCUUGGGUUGGUGGCGCCCGUGCUUAUAGUUGGGAAGAUCAUCCUACAAAAGAUAUGGCGUCAAGAGGUAAACUGGGAUCAGCCGCUUCCAAUUAACUUGCAAAUAUUCUGGGAGGACUACUGCGCUUCCCUCAAUCAAUUAAACAGCUUACGGAUACCAAGAAAUAUCAAUAUCAGCAAUAGGGAUGCAACCUUUGAUAUUUACGGAUUCGGUGAUGCAUCUGAAGCAGCGUACGGAGCGUGUUUAUACGCAGUUAGCGUAGAUCAGCAAGGAGUAAGUCACUCAGAGUUAAUUUGCGCCAGAACGAAAGUGGCACCAUUAAAAACCAUCUCGCUUCCAAGGCUUGAAUUAGAAGCAGCCCUCUUGCUAGCACGGUUGUUCAAUACCGUAAAGAAAUCAUGCAUUCAUAAGAUUAAUAAGGUUAAGUUAUGGAGCGACAGCACAAUCACACUUGGUUGGAUAAGUACUCCGCCGCAUACGCUCAAAACCUUCAUAGCCAACAGAGUCUCAAAAAUACAAAGUUUUACAGAAGAGGUUGUUUGGGCACAUGUUUCAUCAGAAGAAAAUCCAGCAGACCUCUUAUCCAGAGGAGUCUCGGCAAAUCGUUUACUUAGAGAUCCAUUGUGGUGGCAUGGACCGCUAUGGUUUGCAGACAACUGCAGAGGAAACAAGAAAGCAAUGCAGCUAAGCCCUAUGGAGUUGGAAAGAGCGGAAAAGGUAAUCAUUCGAUGGGUCCAGCAGGUGGCCUUUCCAACAGAAUUCCGCUGCUUAUCAGAAAGCAGACCAAGUGGUCCGCAGAAGAGUCAAUUGCGAUCGUUGGCGGCAUUUCUAGACGGAGAACAGGUGAUCCGUGUGGGAGGCAGAUUACGGCAUGCAGAGGUUAACGCAGAACAAAAGAACCCUAUUGUUUUACCUGCAAAGCACCAUGUGACCAGUAUCAUCUUACGGGAUAGACAUGAAAAAUUGCUUCAUUGUCCACCGGAGCAAUUACUGCACGAUAUAAGGCAACGAUUUUGGCCAAUUAGCGGAAGAAGAGAAGUUCGCAAAAUUACCCGAAGAUGUAUCAAGUGUUAUCGGUUUAACCCAACAACGAUAGAAGUGAAGAUGGGCGAUCUUCCAGCUGUGAGGGUCAGUGGUUCGAAUCGCCCCUUCGCCACAACAGGCAUAGACUAUGCAGGCCCUCUGCAAAUACGAGAAAGCAGACGCAGGGAUAGAAUACACAUCGAGAAAGGAUAUAUUGCCAUAUUCGUUUGUACAUCACAAAGGCAGUGCAUCUGCCCGACAUCUGAGAGAGUUGUACACAUUUUUGGAGCAGAAACAAGAAAAGCAGAAUUAGCCGAAUUACGCAUAGAUUGGACUUUUAUUCCACCGCGAGCGCCUCAAUUUGGAGGAUUAUGGGAGGCAGUGGUUAAAAGCGCCAAGAGACACUUGCAUACAAUAACUGAAGGACGUAUCUUAACAUAUGAGGAAUACAGCACCCUUCUAGCACAAAUAGAAGUAAUGCUUAAUUCGCGGCCACUUACGCCGCUUUCAAGUGAUCCAUCAGAUCUGUCGGUAUUGACUCCGGCUCACUUUUUGGUAGGAGGUUCGCUUCUUCAGCCGGUACAAUCUAAUUUCUUCGAUGUUCCUGAGGGUCCACUAUCAAGAUGGCAGAAAGUGCAGAAAUUGAGCCAGCAAUUCUGGAAAUGCUGGCAGAUGGAAUAUUUGCAGGAGUUGCAGAAACGCAUUAAAUGGACUACUACUUGCAAUAAGCUGAAGGAGAACGACCUUGUUGUAAUAAAGGAAGAUAAUCUUCCCUCUUUUCGAUGGAAGGUUGGUCGAGUGAUGCAGACCCAUCCGGGUCCAGAUGGAGAGGUUCGAGAUGUGACGCUGCGGACUGCGGGCGGAAUUUUCAAACGACCAGUCAGAAAGCUAUGUUUGCUUCCAAUUGAAGAAGACUGA